AUGUCAAUGCUAUCAAUGUUCAUCAACAGUCUCCUCUUAACUGGAAAUCUCACAUCCAUAGAAGGGACAAUGAGAUCACAGGAAAGACAGGUAACCAUCACUGAAACCCUGUGGGACCAGGUGCUGACAGUUUUUAAGGAUAUGCAAAAGGAGCUGCAGGAAGAUGCUCAGAUUCGAGGUAAAAGAGCACCAUUCCAAGGUUUGGAUAAGGAAACAAGGGAGGGGAUCUGGAAUUCAAGUCUCAUUACAGUCCCAGAGAAGACCCCUCUGAUCUUUCUCCAAACCUGGUCCAUCACCUCCACUCCAGAACAAGGAACUAUGGCCUCCACUGUGAGAUCCAGAGGCUCAAGCGUAAGGCCUCCAGAUUCCUCCAUGACCCCAAAGUUGAGAAGAUUGCAGUUCAACUCUGGAGAGAAACCAUCAGGAGGCUGUGUCCACAACCUGAAGCCACAGCUCUUCAGUCAAUCACCUUACUACCCUGGACCCUAA